CAACCCCCCAUUUUCCAUUUCCAACUACCAUCUUAUAAUUCUCAAAAGCCAGACUCAACAAUGGCUCGCACAAAGCAGACCACCAGAAAGCCUAUCCCCAGACGGGGCGGUGGCCGAUUUGGUGGUAAUAACGGCAAUGGCAAUGGCAAUGGCCGUUCGGCACGCACAUAUGGCCCUCAUGACCUCGAUUUUAUUGCACUCCAAGAGGAGGCGGAGCGCCGCGAGCGCAUCCUUGCUGAUCAACGUCGAGUUGCGGCCAAGUGGCGCCCUAAGAUCCCUGAAAUCCGCAAAGUCAACUUCGAAAACUUCAAGAACCGUUUCCAGGGCGAAAACGAGCCUGACUAUGCUGUCGAUGUCCUCAUGGCUGGUCCUGGACUUCAAGGUCAGAUCCGCCGCGAGCGUGCUAUCCGCCGUAGCGAGGAGACGGCUCGAGUGCGCAAGAGCUUCUACAGCCUCUAUGAUGCUGGAGCCGACCGCCGCAAGAAGAUCGAUCCCCUCGACAAAGUGAAGCGAGAAAAGAGAAAUGAACUUCUCUCAACUGAUACAGAGAUUCAGCGCAUUCGUGUGCAGUCACAGCCCAUCCUGGGACAUCUGACGUCCCUGUUGAACGACACAGAGUCGAGAUCUACCCCUCGCACAUUUAUGCGCCCGUUCAAGGCUCUUGUGUACUUCCAGCCCAAGAUGAAAGAAAUUCUUGCCACUCUGGAAGAGAAAUGGGCCGACUAUGAAGAGCUUGAUGAGCACUCUGAUGCUGCAGAUGCGGCUAGUGAAGAGGCCGAGGUCAUCGUGGAGAUUGACAGCAAAAACGAUACUGAUACUGACGCCAAGUCUGACGCAGAGGGUGACGAAGAGGACAAGGAUGAUGUCGAGUCGCUCGCAUCGGUUGAUUCAAACGUCGAUGAAGACUUUGACGGCCUCAUGGACAGCCCCGAGGCUCUGAGGGACAUGCGAUGCUACGUCAAAUUCAUUGACGAGGAAAUCAUGCCUCUCUACCAACGCUUCGAGGGCAGCACCGCCGAGAAAGUCAAGUUUGACGACUUGUGGUCUCUUUUCCGGGUGGGAGACCUGGUCCACAUGCCAGCCGCUGUUGAAGCUGGCGGACGAUACCACGAGGUUUGGCGCAUCUACAAGAUCCAGGCACCGCAGCCUGAGACGUCCUACCCUAAAAACGGCUGGGGAUUCUUCGACGAGUUUGACGACAUUGAUGACCAAAACAAGUUCAAGAUCUCAGCCUACUACGUGGACUACGAUGGUACUGCCUUUGGCGCCGUGAAGACCAAGUUUGAGAUUGAAGGCUUCUCGGGCGAACGAUCCAUCGACUCGCUGCCCUGUUAUCCAAUGCGCUACCAGUCCGGCUAUGAGGAGCUGAUCAGUGGUUUGAAGGACCAGGGCCGCAAGUUCCUGCAUUACUUGGAUGAUCGCCACCAGCAACACAACGCGUGGACCUUGACGAGGAACCCGCCCUCGCACCGCAAUGACCCCGACCAGGAGAUCUUGGACAACGAGUACUACGAAAAGAUGCGCCACCCGGAGUUUGUGGAGAGUGAUGUGAUUGUUGACAUGACUGAGGCGUACCAGAAGAUGCCCAACUGGCGACCUGACUUCCACCAGUUGGCAGUCAACAAGGCUGUGCGCUGUGAGAUUGCCGAUGACGAGAUUCCGAUCCAGAAAUGGUUUGACGGCGUCCGCCAGAACAGGUCAUAUGUGCAAAAGGAGAUUAUCCAAAAGGCCGAUGGCAUCGAGAGCCGCCAGCGCCGAGACAAUCUCGCCGUUGAUACCUUUUUGCGCAACCGCCUUAGGGGAUCUCGAAACUUUGAGGCAAACGCGCAGGCUCAGAAGCUACGCGAUGAGGAUCUUGUCUUGCUCCCCAAGCGUAUGUUUGCGUAUGCCCUACGUGAGCGUCGCUUCAUGCCUGUCGACUUGAACCUCCUCAAACCUAUCAAGCGCGAGGUUGGAGUGUUUGAGAACCUCCGCAUUCAUGGCGACUACAAGGAUGUUGUCCGCAGUCUAGUCAUGUCUCACUUCCGGAAGAAGGAGCUGGAGCGGCGAUAUGUUGACGCUGCCACAGAAGGCCCAGGACAGGAUCUGAUCCAGGGCAAGGGCCGUGGUCUGGUCGUUCUACUGCACGGUGUGCCCGGUGUGGGUAAGACUGCGACUGCUGAAGCCGUCGCUAUGGAGAACAAGAAGCCGCUGUUUGUGAUUACGUGCGGUGAUCUUGGUCUCUCGCCUCACGAGGUUGAAUCUUCUCUGAAGAAUGUCUUCCGCCUUGCGCACUUGUGGGACUGCGUGCUCCUUCUUGAUGAGGCAGAUGUUUUCCUUUCGCAACGAUCCAAGCUCGACAUGAAGCGAAAUGCGCUUGUGUCUGUGUUCCUCCGUGUCCUUGAGUACUACAACGGUCUCUUGUUCUUGACAACCAACCGUGUGGGUACUAUUGAUGAGGCGUUCAAGUCACGAAUCCACCUGUCUCUGUACUACCCCCCUCUCGAUAAGACUCAGACAACUGAGAUCUUCCGUCUUAACGUCGCCAAGCUCAGAGUGAUGGAGUCUGAGCGACAGAAGAUGACUGGUGAGCCCUCAAUGAUCAUCAAAGACGACGAGAUCCUUGAAUUUGCUGCGAAACAUUACGAGGAUCUCGCUCGAUCCACCGGUUGCUGGAAUGGUCGACAGAUCAGGAACGCCUUCCAGAUUGCAUCAAGCCUGGCACUGCACAACUACACCAAGCAAGCGGAUAUCGCUCGUGCCAAGGGUCAGCUGCCGCCUGCAGCUCCAGUUUUGGAUAAAACGCUGUUUAACAAGGUGCAGAUGUCGACACAGAGCUUUGACAAGCAUAUGAAGAAGGAAGAGGGCAAGUACGAUGAGGAGAUUCCGAUGAGGGGAACAUUCGAUGAUUAAGUGAGGACGAAGCUAUAAAUUGCGCUUGAGUGGGAUUAUAUUUUGGGAAACUUUGUAUUGAGCAUAUAGUUAUGAUCUGAACGCUACGAAUUUAUUUGCACGUUGAUUCUAAAUAG